UUGGCGAGCAGAGCUGUACACAGUAUGGCCGGCGAUAUUAGCUAGCACUCGCUAACGGUAUUCUCUGCAAAAGGGAAGACGGUAACAGAAGAAAAAUCAUUAUUUGGAUUGCUCAACGGACUGUACAUCCAUAAAUUAUAAUCUGAUUGACUACGGAUUAAUUAAGACAAAACGUUAUAACCGACGUUUAUUUUUGUUGUGGAGCGUCUGUUGUCUCAUGAUGGAAGAUAACGGUGCACAUUUCUUCGAGGGUACCGAGAAACUGUUGGAGUUGUGGUUCUCCCAGCACGAUGAGACCAAGGGAACCGGGGACCUGCGAACCAUCCCAAGGUUUGAGUGGGACAAACUUUUGGAGAAUGUGCACUGUUUGAUCAUAAGUGUGACAAAGACCGACAAGCAGGAAGCUUAUAUACUCAGUGAGAGUAGCAUGUUUGUCUCCAAGAGACGUUUCAUUUUGAAAACAUGUGGAACCACCCUCUUACUGCAAGCACUGGUGCCUCUGCUGGAACUCGCCAGGGAGUACUGCGGUUUCGAUGCCAUCGAGAAUUUCUUCUACUCCCGCAAGAAUUUUAUGAAGCCAACCCAUCAAGAGUUUCCUCAUCGAAACUUCCAAGAGGAAGUGGACUUUCUCAGCCAGAUUUUCCCAAAUGGUGCAGCCUACUGUAUGGGACGUUUGAACUCUGACUGCUGGUAUCUGUUUACUCUGGACUUGCCAGAGUACUGGGAGAACAAGUAUGCGGAUCAGACACUGGAAGUUCUGAUGAGUGACCUUGAUCCAGCCAUUAUGGACCAGUUCUAUAUGAAAGAUGGUGUUUCUGCAAGUGAUGUCACUCAUAUGAGUGGAAUUUGUGACCUGAUACCAGGUUCUGUGAUAGAUGCCACAAUGUUCAACCCAUGUGGAUACUCAAUGAACGGAAUGAAGACUGACGGGACCUACUGGACCAUUCACAUCACCCCAGAGCCAGAUUUCUCCUACGUUAGCUUCGAAACAAACCUCUCCCAGACAUCGUACGAUGACCUUGUCCGGAAGGUGGUGGAUGUGUUCAAACCGGGAAAAUUUGUGACUACACUGUUUGUCAAUCAGAGCUCGAAAUGUCGCAGUGUCUUCUCUUCUACCCAAAAACUCGAUGGGUUCAAGCGUCUCGACCGCCAGCUGGCUCAAUUCAACGAUUACAAUUUUGUUUUCACAAGCUACGCCAAGAACUGCCAGAAAAAUCAGAAGAGCUGAGGGUGCAAGAUGAAGAAGAGGCGUAAAAAAGGCGGCGGCUUGGUGUUCCCUCCUGGUGGCCGCCUUCCCGGAGAAAGCCUCUUGUCGUCCUCAUCCUCCUCCCCUCCUCCUCCCGCCCUCUUCUCCCGUCAUAAAUCCCCCGGCGGCAAGGACGACGAGCCCAGUUUAACCAUUUUGAGUUGUUUGCAUUGUUGUACCUGUAACUUAGUCCUCUUGCAUGAAAGCUCUUUUCUCUGUUUCAAUAUGCUAGCACACACUUGCUGUGGUCUUGAAGUGCAUGUAGAGGAAUUAAACUCACUCCAUUUGAGGCUUCCCACCUGUGCUCAGUCCAAAGGGCCCUACCUACACGUCUCCUCCCUCAUCCUACACAGACAGGGCUUCCGGCCACAUUAAGGUCACGCCCCCUGGCGUGCUCAGAUCAGUCGUUGGCGUGUACGACCCACAAUUUGCUUUACGAUGUGACAAUUGGCAAGGAUCAUUCAUAAAGGAUUGCACUUUUGAGUAAUUUUUUAACCCGUGGUAUGAAAAUGAAAGCUGGCCUUUUGUCUUUAUGAAUGUAUAGGUUGUGGUAAGCCUUUGUCCAUUUUUAAUUGCCAUCUAUUGUAGCAUAUAUACAUGCCCUGUAUUUGGCUAAAUGUUCAUAGAGGACUUAAGUUGUCACACUUGAACCUGACAGUACCCAAAUCGUUUCUGCCACAAAAUUGCAGCUUUAAACUCGGGGGGCAGUGAAUAGAACCUGAAUAAUUCAAGACCUUCCAUGAACACACUUUGUUACACCCCUCCUAUUUUACUUGCCUCUGGCUUCCUGUCAUAUUUGAUUGACAUUCCCAUGGAAAAGGAAUGUAGUCCAGGCUCUGUAAAGCACGCUUAACACUAUCUCGUCCACUUCAUCUUUGGAAUGUACAAGUCUCUAGAGGAAAAAAAAAAAAAGCCUGGUCCGCUUUUGAGCUGAAUGUAUGAUUUCAGGCGUGCACAUACCGACGCCGCCCGCGCUCUCCCGCAUAAAGCUCACAAUCCCCUCUGCUGACGGCCUGUUGUCCCCUUCCCAGCAGGUCUUCCCUUUGCCAGCCAGACCAAUCAAUUGGCCCCAGAAUUACAAGGGAGGUGAGCUAGCGUGGCAGAAUGAAUCGGAAACUUUCUGCUUGCCCAGCAAAGCAUUUUCCCCUCGACAAUAUCCAUCCCCUCUGUCUCUUUCCGUCCCAUACAAAAACGCGUAAGCGUACAAUCGAGGCUGACCAGUCUGAGCAUGCCAGGGUCAUCCCGGAUCAUUCCACAUCGAACCACUGCACCAUCUGUCAUUUUAUGUCAUUACUGGUCAUCUUUUUUUUUUUUUUUUUUUUUUUUUUUUUUUGCUGUGAAUCUGGGUGCCUCACUGUUCUUUGUUUGGAUCAAUGCCCUUUUGUAGAACUUUGGGCUCAGGGAUGGUGGGGGAGGCCUAUCAUGCGGUGAUGCGUGUAACUUAGUGCUGUUUUGCUAGACCGUGUCAUGUAACCUCCUCGUCCGUGCGUUUGCCCUCGUUUUGCCAGCUGAAGCUUACUUCCCAUCAAAGUUUUCCUUUACUUGAGCUCAGUGCAGUUUGUCAUGUAUUCAUCUGCACUCCUCAGCAUAGCAGCCCUCCAAAAUCCACGGGGUCCUACAUGCACACCAGCACUGUUCAAAUCUCACUUUUUAAGUACAUAGAGUGGAUUGUUGCAUUUUUGGGUGCCAAUAGCUUUUUUUGGCUGAGGACCAAUUUUCUUUUACUUUCUGCCGAUGUUUGUCACACUAAUUUUGGGGCUAUUUUGUUUUUAAAGUAACAAUGAUUCCACACUUUCAAAUCUAUCUGUGCUACGAGCUUGAUGCUAAAAUAAUAAAAAUAUUAAUCUGUG